AUGCUGGAUAUCCAUCUCCGUCCGUUGAAAGACGCACUCUUCGACUCCAUCACGCCCAUGGUCCCUUCCUUCAUCACCCCGGCCCACAUCACUCUCCUCGCCUUCCUCUGCGGCAUCCAGGCAUGUCUCCAUUCCGCCUCCGGAAUUCCCCUGCUGAGCACCGCUUUCUGGAUCCUAAAUAGAGCACUCGAUUGCCUUGACGGUGCCGUCGCGCGUCAUCGCCACCAAUCCUCCGACCUGGGCGGCUUUCUCGAUCUCCUCGGCGACUUCAUCGUCUACUCUGCCAUCCCUAUAGCCUGCGCUCUGUCCAUCCAUCACUCUGACCUCAGCCUCUGGCUCCCCGUGGCUGUGCUGGAGGCGUCUUUCCACGUCAACAACUUUGUCUUGUUCUUCGUGGCUGCCGUGGUGGAAAAGCAAAAGGCCGGUGGAGACGAACCGAAGGUCAAGGAACUGACCAGCAUAGCUAUGAAGCCUGCACUCAUCGAAGGGACAGAAAGCGCACUGUUCUUCACAGCCAUGCUUACGUGCCCACGCUAUCUUCCGCAGCUGUCAUGGUGCAUGGCUUUCCUUGUCUGUGUGGGCAUCGCUCAAAGAACAAGCUGGCUUGCCAAAGCGCUUUCGUAG